AUGUACAGAAUUAGUGAUGACAAUAUUGAGAUUACUCCUCGAAGUACUCCAAACGAGAAUCCAAGACUAUUUACAGCACUUCUUUUAAAAGAAGCUGGUAUUAAAGACGUUACUAUUCUUGAAUCUCAAGAUCGUGUUGGUGGGCGUAUUCAUACUCAUUAUUUUACCGAUGAUCCUAACGAUGAAAAACGUUUAUAUGGCGAACUUGGCGCAAUGAGAUUACCUUAUAUCGAUGGCCAUCCAGAACUCUCUGCACAUCAGCUAGUUUUUGAUACUAUUGAUUAUUUGAAUGAAUAUAAUAAGGAUGACAACCCAGAUAAAGAAAUCAAAACUAUUCCUUUUAUACUUAGCAAUCCAAAGUAUGCAUUUUAUGGUAAAAUAAUGACCAAAAAUUACUCUGCAACUGCUAAAGUUACUCAGUUAGGUUUUCCUGAUUCACUACCGGAUGAUUAUGCCGAUCUUUGGAAUGAGGCUUUAUCAUCUUUCUUUAAAGAGCUUGAUAAAGAUUUUGAAAAAGGUCUUAAAGCUUUGAAACGAUAUGAUCAACAUUCUGCUUACUCUUAUCUAAAAGAAAUCUUUCUUCCUGCUAAAUUCCCAACAAAAUGGGAAGAUUAUGACGAAAUUAUUAAAGCUAUUGAAAUGAACGAAGCGGGCAUAGGCAUUUUUAGUGGUUCUGGUGAUUAUAAUAUAAGCUGGAAAACUAUCGACAAAGGAAUGCAACGAUUACCUAAUGCUUUCUUGCCACUGAUUAAAAAGGCAAAAUAUAAAUUAAAGUAUAAUAGUGAAGUUUUUAAAUUGGAAAAGGCUAAUGAUGGUCAAAGUGUUAAGGUUCAUUGGAUAACUAAGGAGAAGAAAAAAUUUGAAAUUUUUGAUAGAGUAGUUAUUACUGCUUCUUUGGGUUGCGUCCGUCAUUGGAAAUUACCUUCAAAAUAUACAAAUGCUGCAAAAAUAUUUCUACAAUUUAAGACUCGUUUCUGGGAAAAGUCCCCUCUAGAAACCGGUGGUUUGCAGACGACCUCCAAUGUUGGUAUUGUUGGCGGAGCUUCGUCAACCGACCUUCCUGUUCGUACUAUUCUCUACCCUUCAUAUUAUCAAGGUCUACCGACAAAUGGAUCUGGUGUUCUAUUAGCUUCCUAUACGUGGGGUAACGAUGCUGCGAAAUUUGCUCCAUAUACUGAGGAAGAACUUUUUGAACUUGCUUUAAAAGAUAUAGUGACUAUUCAUGGAAAAAUAGCGGAAAAAGAAUGGAUUCCUGAUAAAAAGAAUAAUAAGGCUCAUUAUUGGGCAAAUGAUAAAACCGUUGUUGGAGGUGCUUUUGCUUUAUAUGGAGCUGGACAACUAGAAUUUUUGAUGGGAGCGAUGAUGAGACCUGAAGAAUUUAUACAUUGGGCCGGUGAACAUACUGAUGCACAUAGUCCUUGGAUUGUUGGUGCUUUAAAUUCUGCUGUUAGAGUAGUUAAAGAAAUAUUACAAGAAAAUUUGAUGAAUGAUAA